AAAGUAUAGUAUUCCUUUCACCACCUCCACCCUCAUUGUACCAAAUUCCAAGAACUCCAUCUACACACACACACAUAUAUAUAUAUAUAUAUAAUCCUCCAAAUCCACCAUUUUUUCCUCCUUAUUUUCACCAUCAAUCCUCUCUCUCUUCUCGAAUCAACACUAACAAAACCUAAUUUCCUCCAAUUUAUUUUCCCUUUUCUUCCCCUCCUCAACAACUCCAUAUAUAUAUACAUGUAUAUGUAUAUGUAUAGCACCUCCAUACCCUCUGCUACUUGAUCUCUUUCUUCUUGAACCUUUAUUUCAAGCCUUUCUCUCCAUUUCAAAUCAUUUCUCUACUUCUUUUCAAGAAAUCCACACUAAUCAUUUGUUCUUGACCAUUUUUCUUGCUUUCUUGAAUCAAUGGAUGACAAAACUCAAAUCCCUCAGGGCCUAACUCCGGAGGAAUACGCGCGGCUGGAGCACGUCAUCCGCACCUACCACACCUUCGACGCAUUGCCCAACACAUGCACGUCCCUCAUCACCCAGCGAAUCGACGCCCCGGCGGAGGCCGUGUGGCCCCUCGUGCGGCGGUUUGACGACCCCCAGCGCUACAAGCACUUCAUCAAGAGCUGUAGGCUCAUCGGCGACGGCGGCGUCGGCAGCAUACGCGAGGUCACUGUGGUCUCCGGCCUCCCCGCGUCCACCUCUACGGAGCGGCUAGAGAUUCUGGACGACGAAAAGCAUAUACUCAGCUUCCGAGUGGUUGGGGGCGAGCAUAGGUUGAACAAUUACCGGUCGGUGACUUCAGUUAAUGAAUUCAAGAAAGACGGGAAAGUUUAUACGAUUGUUUUGGAAUCGUAUAUCGUAGAUAUACCGGAGGGGAACACGGGGGAGGAUACGAAGAUGUUUACGGAUACGGUGGUGAAGCUGAAUCUUCAGAAGCUUGGGGUGGUGGCAAUCGCAUCUAUGCAUGGCCACAAUUGAAUUUCUUUGGUGAUAUCUGGGCCGGUUUUUCAACGAUGAUGAUGCAGACCAGGUAAGAAUAAUAAUGGUGGCGGCGGCGGCGCCGUGGCGAUGGCGGUGGUUUUUUCUUUUUCUUUUUUUUUUUCUCUUUCCUCUAAAAUCAAAUUAAAAAAAAAUAGUAUGUUUUGAUUAUUUGAAUAUUUGUUAAUUAGUGGGUGGGGAAUUAAAAGGGUUUGUUUAAUUAAUUGUGAUGAUGCAAUUAAGUUGGGUAAUAAUUAGUGAUAUUUUUGUAUCGUAUAGUAUAGUAUGGGAAAUUUUAGUCUAGAUUGACUUGGUGGAACAUGAAUUAAUUAAAUGGGAACGGCAAAUGUAUUACACUUAUUGUGGGAGCAGUGUACUGUUUAAAAAAAGUAAUUAAUUAUAUGAUUGGUACAU